ACCCAGGCCACCAGGCGUCUGCCCUUGUUAAUUGCCAGAGAAACCGACCAGGGAGCUCCGUCUGGGAUUUGCCGGUCUGCAGCAAGGCACUAGGCUCCGGUUUCUCCUUUAUCCCUCUCGCUGCCGUCCAGGUGCACCCCCUGCCUCUCGGUAGGAUGGACGUGAUGGACGGCUGCCAGUUUUCACCUGCCGAGUACUUCUAUGACGGCUCCUGCAUCCCAUCCCCGGAGGGUGAGUUUGGGGACGAGUUUGAGCCCCGAGCGGCUGCCUUCGGGGCGCACAAAGCGGAGCUGCAGGGCUCCGACGAAGACGAGCACGUGCGAGCGCCCACCGGCCACCACCAGGCUGGUCACUGCCUCAUGUGGGCCUGCAAAGCGUGCAAGAGGAAGUCCACCACCAUGGACCGGCGGAAGGCAGCCACUAUGCGCGAGCGGAGGCGCCUGAAGAAGGUCAACCAGGCUUUCGAGACGCUCAAAAGGUGCACCACGACCAACCCCAACCAGAGGCUGCCCAAGGUGGAGAUCCUCAGGAAUGCCAUCCGCUACAUCGAGAGCCUGCAGGAGUUGCUGAGGGAGCAGGUGGAGAACUACUACAGCCUGGCGGGACAGAGCUGUUCCGAGCCCACCAGCCCCACCUCCAACUGCUCCGAUGGCAUGCCUGAAUGUAAUAGUCCUGUCUGGUCCAGAAAGAGCAGCAGUUUUGACAGCGUCUACUGUCCUGAUGUACCAAAUGUAUAUGCCACAGAUAAAAGCUCCUUAUCCAGCCUGGAUUGCUUAUCCAGCAUAGUGGACCGGAUCACCUCCUCAGAGCAACCAGGGUUGCCUCUCCAGGACCCGGCCUCUCUCUCCCCAGCUGACAGCACGGAUUCACAGCCUGCAACUCCAGGGGCCUCUAGUUCCAGGCUUAUCUAUCAUGUGCUAUGAACUAAUUACCUAAUCUAGAUCAGUUCUGCCAGGAGGGCCUAUUACACAGAGGAGGAAGGAGGCCCCAAAAGUCCUAAACCAGGACGACCUGUAUAUAAAAAUAUGUUUUCAGUUGUACAUUUGUAAAUAUUUUAUUGCCACUUUAUAAGAAUGUGUAUUUAACUAAAAAGUCACCAUUGCAAUUAAUACUUUCUUCAUUUUUCUUCUUUGCUUUAGACACAUAGUGCUAUGUAAUAUUGGUUUUGAAGGUAGUUGCAAUGCUUAACUUAUAUACAUAUUUUUAUAAAUAAUGCUCAUCAAAAUAUUAUCUCUGGUGUUUGGAUCAUUAUUUUUUUUAAACAUUAGAGCAGCUGGGAAUCAGUUAAAAGGAAUUUUAAAUAUAUUUAACUUUUGCUUUUCUCUUUAAUCCUUUAGCUAUAUUGUAUUACAUAAAAAUAUAACGAUACUGCCUAAUGGUAUAUAUUUUGAUCUUCUCUUAUAAUGCAUCUUUUAAACGUAAGCACAAAAUAGUACUUUGUGGAUAAUUUCAAGAUAUAAGAAAUUUUGGAAAUUCCACCAUAAAUAAAAUUGUUUACUACAA